AUGUCAAACGACGACCGAGGAUAUCGGCCAAAAUGGGGCGAGCUGGCCAUUGAGCAAUACAUGAGACACUGGGACUUCGCCGUAGGUCCGGUGAGCGGUGCUGGGUACAAGCGAUAUCCGUCAUCGGAAAUCGUGGACAUGUCACGAGCACAGUUCAAGGUCUGCCUUGCCAAGGCAAAGCAGAAUGAGCCUGAUCGGUGGCGGGAGGAUCCGCAUGGCUGGAUCGAAGUCGAGGGGGCCGACCUCCUCCGCACAGUGGCAGCAGCCUACAUUCUGGUGGCAGAUCAAACGGCCUUCGAGACUGGCCACGUGCGUCUGAUUUAUGUGGAUGGGGAGCGGAAUGUCAUCCGGGAGACUCGCUUCGACACGCAGACGAUCACCGAUGUGAUCAUGGAUUGGGCCCAGUUGAAUCUGCCCCCCGGAGUUGUGGGAGGAAGGCACUAUCGGGGAGAGGUACCGCGUCACUGGGGAUUUGGGAAGGGAGUUUUAUCAAUUGAGCGAGGCUGA